ACUUAUUAAAUAGAUUGCUUGAUUUCAAAUGAUUUUUGCUUGGACGCGCAUGAUAAAAUUUGUACCAUACUUAGGUCAGUCAAUGCAACGGAAAAGAUUGAUGUCAAUGGCUGCUGUUGCAAAUAUCCGCCUCAAUUUUAACCUCUCUGCCCAGGAAAUUGCCACUUUGUGCGAUGAAGUCAUAGCAACAGACAAGAAAGUUCUAGAUGAAGUGGCAGCAUUGCCCACAGACAAGUUGACUGAGGACUCGGUGCUGCUUCGUCUGUCUGACCAUUCUGCCAAGCAGUACCCUAUAGAGAACAACUUGGAGUUCCUGCACCACGUGCACCCCUCGGAGGAGAUCAGAAAUGCGAGCACGGAGGCAGACAAGAAACUGAGUGAGCACAGCGUGGAAAUGCAGAUGAGGAAAGACGUGUUCGACAGUCUCCAAUCAUUCCACAAGUCCGAAAUCGGCUCUAAACUAGAAGGAGAGUCGAAGCGGUACAUAGAGCGACUGGUGAAAAGUGGACUGCGCAGUGGACUCCACUUAGAUGAGGCUGUGAGACAGGAGAUCAAGGCCAUCAAGAAGAGACUCAGUGACAUAUCCAUUGACUUCCAGAAGAACGUGAACGAAGAGAACACCACAUUCUUGCUAACUAAAGAGCAGCUGCAGGGUCUACCAGCCGACUUCUUAGAAGGUAGAAAAGAAGGAGACAAGUUUAGAAUCAGUCUCAAGUAUCCCGACUACUUCCCAGUGCAGAAGAAGUGUGUGCUGCCUGAGACUAGGAAGUUGCUAGAGACUGCAUUCAACUCGAGGUGCAAAGAUUUGAAUGCGAAGCUGUUGGAGGAGUCUGUGCAACUAAGAGCCAAACAGGCUGCUCUAUUAGGUUACCAGCACCACGCAGAUUACAUACUGGAACUGCGUAUGGCCAAGAAUCAGAAGACAGUGGCUGAUUUCUUAGAGGAUCUGGCCACUAAGUUGAAGCCCUCUUUCAGCAAAGAGAUGGAACAGUAUUUGAAGUACAAAGAGGAAGAUGCGAAGGAGUUCGGCUUCGAGAAUGACGGCAAAGUGAACAUGUGGGACUUCAGGUUUUACAUGAACAAAUUGUCUGAGAGAAUGUACAGCGUGGACCACGAGAAGCUAAAGGAAUACUUCCCAGUGGAUGUGGUGACAGAGGGAUUACUUGACAUCUACCAACAGUUACUCCACCUCAAGUUCCACCUCAUCAAAGAUGGUCACACCUGGCACCCGGAAGUAGCGCUCUACGAGGUCACUGACGCAGACACAGGUGAGACUAUGGGACAUUUCUACUUGGACCUCUACCCUAGAGAUGGAAAGUUUAGUCACGCGGCAGUGUUCGGACUCCAAUGCUACGCAAAGUUCUCCGACGGCACAACGCAGUAUCCCGCGUGUGCUAUGGUGGCAAACUUUCCUAAGGCAAUAGGAGACAACCCGGCUCUGUUCGAUCAUGACGACGUGGAGACCUUCUUCCACGAAUUUGGUCACGUGAUGCACCAAAUCUGUGCACGUAGCAAGUACUCAAUCUUCGCAGGCACCAGGGUGGAGCGGGAUUUCGUGGAAGCCCCCUCCCAGAUGCUGGAGAACUGGGUGUGGCACGAGGAGCCUGUGAAGAGGCUGUCCAAGCACUACAAGGAUGGAUCCCCCAUUCCAGAUGAGCUGUUGCAGAAGCUGGCUGCUUCGAGGAAGGCCAAUGCGGGAAUCUUCAACCUGAGACAAGUGAUGCUGUCGGCGUUUGAUCAGAACAUACACACCAAGGCCCAGUCGGACGUGGCUGUUGACUACAGUGCAGUGUGUGAGAGUAUCAUGGGAGUGAGUGCCACUCCAGGCACAUGCAUGCCUGCCUCAUUCGAACACGUCAUAGACGGAUACGAUGCACAGUACUAUGGAUACCUCUGGUCUGAGGUAUACUCGGCCGACAUGUUUGCCUCUCGCUUUGGCAAGGAGGGAGUGCUUAACCCAGACACUGGACUGAGCUACAGAAAGUGCAUUCUGCAACCAGGAGGAUCCAAGGACGCCAUAGACAUGCUCAGAGAUUUUCUGGGUCGGGAACCGAAUUCGACUGCAUUCCUGAAGGAAAAGGGACUCCUGGUCUAAUACAUGUAGCUAAGACCCUAUUAAUCCAGAAAAUGAAGACUCGUAAUGGUUUACUCACAACAAUCUAGAAGCUUAGCCUUUACGUCGGUUGGCCCUCGAACAUCGCCAGGGAUCCGGGAUUCUUGUUUAUUACAACCUAAUUAUCGUGUCUUAUCAGAAUCAUUUUGUCUGAGUGAUUCUGAUUCUGCGCAACCUGGCUCUUGAAAACUAUUAUCAUACCGUUUUUUAAAACAUCGCAGCAAGUUUUGCUGUUCUUCAUUGUGCCAAAGAUGAGUGCUAAAAAUCGGAAUAGCGAAGUUGGCGUGGUAAAAUUUUCUUAUAUCAACUGUGCUUUUCAAUGCUACAACCUGAUGUGCUUCAUUUUAUCAUACGGCGGAUUUUAAAUUCAUUCUUUAUUGUUUCCAUAUUAGCUACUUUGCUUUGAAUGCACCCUGUAAAUAAGUUUGUUAUUGUAAAUACACUUGUUUAUGUCGGCUAUACCAAAUUAAAUAAUCCAAAAAAGUGUUAAUGCGAAA